CUUGAUGCAGGCCCUGGCGCCACCGGUCUGGCCCGGCUCCUAGACCGUCUCUCGUGUUCGGGUAAUGCGCGCUGUUUGUUGGUGCGCUCCUAGUUAUGUACUUGGCGCAGUUGGUGCAACCACACAAGUUGGAACUGUCGAAAUUGAUGAUCGCGGUCUCAAGCUGGGUUGGGAAGAAUACCGGUAGGGACCUGUCGGGUGUUUGUAGCGACCUCACGCUUUCCAUGUCUCGUCUGCAGGCACCCGACCAUGACAUGCGGGAUUCCAGCUCAGGUGGUUGGGAACCGACCCCUGUGGUCAGCCUGACGCGGGGCUGCAGUCCGCCUGAUGCUGUGGAGGCGCCUGGACCUCUAAACGGCACGUGGUCGAAGCACUCAACCUGGGCCGGAGGAUGGAAACGGAAGGGUUACGGUUGCCAUCACCUCUCCGGAGAGCCUGAGGCAUGGGUUAAGUCGGAAGCACACUUCCGACGAACCGUCAUGUACCCGGCCGCAGGAUAUGCUACACACCAGGUUGGUCAGCCACAGGUUCUGCUUGCAUUUUUGCACCGCCUCUAGUACAGAAUCAGCCAUCUUCGACCAGACUAAUGAAGUAGGCCACGCUCCCCCGGCUACCGGGAUAGUUCGUUAUAACCAUCACUCCAUACGCUGCUCCGGCGAACAGCCUCCAUGAAUCCGUCAUCCAUAGCCGACACAUCAAAGGUAAAAAUCGGAAUCAUGCCCGGGUCAGUCGCCGAGCACGCCUGGCCCUGCAUUUCGUGCCCCGCCCCGCGCACAUGAUUCUGUGGCGAAGGCCGC